UUCAUGCUGAUUCCCCCGGACCCGGGCAGCGCUCCGGCCACUCCGCGGGCCGCCGGCCUCCGCCCCGGCCUGCCUGGCUCCCUGGGCGCGCCCGCACCCGGCGUCUCCGAUCUCCUAGUCCUCCUGAUUUCGAUGGCUUUCCUGAAUGGCUGACUGUGGGCUGCCCUGGACUUGGCCCCCGGACAGUCGCCUCUCCUCCUCCUCUACCUCCUCCUUCACCACCACCUCCUCUUCCUCCUCCUCCUCCUCUUCCUCCUCCUCCUCCGCCAACUCCUCGGCUGCACACCAGCUCUAAGAGCGAGAGAGUGAACGAGAGAGGGAGGGAGAGAGUGAGAGCGAGCGAGAUCUUUGGAGAGAUUUUUUUUUUUUUGCCUCCUACUUCUGUCUUGAAGCCAGACAAUCGACUUCAGCUCUCCCUCCCCUCCCUCUUUCUCCACGUUCUGCUCCCACUCGCUCUCCUGUCCCCUUCCCCUCCCCUCCCGGCGGAAAGCCCCCCGAAACCAACAAAGCUGAGCCGAGAGAAACAAACAAAACAAACACACCGGGCCAGACAAGCAAUCGACAAAACUUUGCAAAAGCAAAAACAAAAAAGGAAAAACUAACCAACCUCAACCAACCAGCCCCCGAGCCACCCGGGGCGCCCUCCCGCGCCCUCUUGCACCCUCGCACACACAAAAGGCGGCGCGCCGGAGCCCGAGACCCGGGGAGCCGCCGCCGCCCCGCCGCCGCCCGCAGCCAGGGGAGCAGGAAGUCCGGACGCAGCCCCCAUAGAUAUGGCAAUGGUAGUCAGCACGUGGCGCGACCCCCAGGACGAGGUGCCCGGCUCACAGGGCAGCCAGGCCUCGCAGGCGCCGCCCGUGCCCGGCCCGCCGCCCGGCGCCCCGCACACGCCACAGACGCCCGGCCAAGGGGGCCCAGCCAGCACGCCAGCCCAGACGGCGGCCGGUGGCCAGGGCGGCCCUGGCGGCCCGGGUAGCGACAAGCAGCAGCAGCAGCAACACAUCGAGUGCGUGGUGUGCGGAGACAAGUCGAGCGGCAAGCACUACGGCCAGUUCACGUGCGAGGGCUGCAAGAGCUUCUUCAAGCGCAGCGUGCGGAGGAACCUGAGCUACACGUGCCGCGCCAACCGGAACUGUCCCAUCGACCAGCACCAUCGCAACCAGUGCCAGUACUGCCGCCUCAAAAAGUGCCUCAAAGUGGGCAUGAGACGGGAAGCGGUGCAGAGGGGCAGGAUGCCGCCGACCCAGCCGACCCACGGGCAGUUCGCGCUGACCAACGGGGAUCCCCUCAACUGCCACUCGUACCUGUCCGGAUAUAUUUCCCUGCUGUUGCGCGCGGAGCCCUAUCCCACGUCGCGCUUCGGCAGCCAAUGCAUGCAGCCCAACAACAUCAUGGGUAUCGAGAACAUUUGCGAACUGGCCGCGAGGAUGCUCUUCAGCGCCGUCGAGUGGGCCCGGAACAUCCCCUUCUUCCCCGACCUGCAGAUCACGGACCAGGUGGCCCUGCUUCGCCUCACCUGGAGCGAGCUGUUUGUGUUGAAUGCGGCGCAGUGCUCCAUGCCCCUCCACGUCGCCCCGCUCCUGGCCGCCGCCGGCCUGCAUGCUUCGCCCAUGUCCGCCGACCGGGUGGUCGCCUUUAUGGACCACAUACGGAUCUUCCAAGAGCAAGUGGAGAAGCUCAAGGCGCUGCACGUUGACUCAGCCGAGUACAGCUGCCUCAAGGCCAUAGUCCUGUUCACCUCAGAUGCCUGUGGUCUCUCUGAUGUAGCCCAUGUGGAAAGCUUGCAGGAAAAGUCUCAGUGUGCUUUGGAAGAAUACGUUAGGAGCCAGUACCCCAACCAGCCGACGAGAUUCGGAAAGCUUUUGCUUCGCCUCCCUUCCCUCCGCACCGUCUCCUCCUCAGUCAUAGAGCAAUUGUUUUUCGUCCGUUUGGUAGGUAAAACCCCCAUCGAAACCCUCAUCCGGGAUAUGUUACUGUCCGGCAGCAGUUUUAACUGGCCGUAUAUGGCAAUUCAAUAAAUAAAUAAAAUAAGAAGGGGGAGUGAAACAGAGAAAGAAAAGGCAAAAGACUGGUUUGUUUGCUUAAUUUCCUUCUGUUAAGAAAGGAUAUAAAAGGAUGUUACAAGUUUGCUAAAAGAAGAGAGGGGAAGAAUUUAAUGGACUGUGAAUUUCAAAAAAAAAAAAAGACUGUCAAAUGAACUUUUACAGAAUGCAUUAAAAAAAAAAAACUCCUGUGUCGGUCAGAACAACUUGCUACUUAUCAUUUUUGUAUAAAAAGGAAAUUAGUCUUUUUCUUUUUUUGGUAAAUUUUUGAAAAAUAUUGCUAAAAGUGCAUUUAAGGAGAUUGGGAGACAAUUAGCAGAAUGGAGAAAGUAAGUCUUUUUUUUUUUUUCCAAAUUAUUAAUUGUCCUGUGUCUAUGUACCUCUAGCUGUUCUUUUUUGUACUUUUCUGGUUCCAAACCAGUUUAUUCUGUGGUUCUAUAAUAAGUUUUGAUAUAAUCUUGGCUUCUUAAAAACUGUGUAUCAUUAAAAUAUAUGUUCUGCAAGAAUUAAAACUGAGUCCAUGAAAAUAUCAUAGGAAGACAUAAAACUUUAAAAGGCAACUCAAAGAUGAUGGAAACGCACUUACAAGUGGUGACCAAAAUUUUUAGGUGAAGUCGAGCACUCUAAUUAGAGAACUGGAGGAACCACAUAUAACACUUAACUUCCCCUACCCUGCCCCUCCCCAAAAGACACCAUGACAAACCUAGCUUUUAAAAAAUAUUUUAAGAAAGAGAAUGAACUGUGGAAUUUAUUGGCAGCCAAGGAAUGUGUCCAAGACACAUGCUGAGGUUUUGAAUAAAAAGUGAACUUUUGUAAUUUGAA